AUGAAGCUCUCUGGUCUCGCAGCUCUCGCAGUCUUCGCACAAAGCGCGUCAGCGCACUAUGUCUGGACGACACUCAUCGCGGGCAGCACCACGUCCAACGCGGCUGUCCGUCAACCCAUCAACAAUUCACCCGUCACCUCCGUCACCUCGAACGACGUCCGCUGCAACGUGAACCCCAGCCCUGCGAGCGAGACCGUUUCCGUUGCCGCCGGCAGCACCAUCGGUUUCAAGCUCGACAACACGCUAUACCACCAGGGCCCUGCUGCCAUCUACCUCGGCAAGGCCCCAGGUUCCGUCGCUAGCUGGGACGGAAGUGGUGCCAACUGGUUCAAGAUCGGCGAAUGGGGCGCGACCUUCAACCCAUUCCAAUUCACCGACUUCAACGCCAACCAAUUGACGACCACCAUCCCUGCUUCUACUCCCUCCGGCGAGUAUCUCGUCCGUAUUGAGCAGAUUGGUCUUCACGUCGCCGGCGCUCCUCAAUGGUACAUCUCUUGUGCCCAGAUCAACAUCACUGGAGGAGGAUCUGGAAACCCGAUGAAGGUCAACAUUCCCGGAUACGUCCCCGCUUCAGACCCCGGCUUGACCGUCAACAUCUACAACCCAGUGCCAACUUCGUACACGGUUCCUGGACCUGCCGUCUGGCGGGGUUGA